GAGCAGCACCAUGACGUGCGUUUCAUUUCAGUUCGGAUUCAGAUUCGUCCAAGAAACAGCGUGCGUUUAAAAAGUUCCGCCGUCUGUUUCUGCUGGUUCGGAGAUUCGUAACAGACGUGUUACGCUUGUUGUUAUUGUUGGUGUUUUUAUUGGGUGGAGUAGUGGGAGCUAUAGGAGCACGAACCAUCGUCGCCGUAUCCCGUCGAGCCGUAUCCCGCCGAAACAUCCAACAUCCCGACGACGACGAUGUCGAAAAAGUUGACCAAAUUCCAAAUCAUCCUCGACCGUGGCGCCCUGCUGUACCUUCCCGGCCAGGUACUGUCCGGGCGAGUGCUGCUCGAAACGCAGGCCGACACCGCCGUCCUCGGGCUGCACUUUCACGUGCUGGGUGAGUGUACCGUGCACGUGCCGAAGGGGCGGCGUGACAAGUCGUACGAUAAGGAAAACUACAUCGACUUCCGCAUGAAGCUGCUGGACGAUUUCGACAACAAGCCGAUCCUGCUGUCGCCCGGCAUUCACUGCUUCCCGUUCAAGCUGGGGCUGCCCGUCUCGCUCCCGUCCACCUUUCUCGGCCGGCACGGUUGGGUGCAGUACUAUUGCAAGACCAGCCUGCAGGAAACGUCCGGCAUCACGCACAAAAACCAGCAGGUGUUCAUCGUGCUGAAUCCCAUCGAUUUAAACCUGGAGGUGCCGAUCAUGAGCAGCCCGCUUGAGGCGAACGUCGAUCAUCGCGUAGGCGUCGGUUACAUUGGCGGCACGGUGCGCUGCAACGUGGGCCUGGACAAGCGGGCGUACGUGCCGGGCGAGAGCAUUCUGCUUACCGGCGAGGUUCACAACCGUACGAAUGUGACCGUGAAGCUGCUCAAGUAUGCACUCAUCGAGACGGUAAAAUACUUUGUGCAUGGUAAGCUGGUGCACCAGGAGCGCCGUGAGCUGGAUGCGGUUGUGCGUGAUAAAAUAAAGUCCGGUGGACGCGACGUGCUGCAGAAUGGGCAUCUGACGGUGCCGCCACUGCCGCCCACCAAUCUGCUCGGUUGCCACCUGAUCAAGGUGCAGUACAGCGUGUGUGUGCUGGUCGAGCCGAACUUGAUGGAGCGCCAGGAAGCUAUCCGGAUACCGAUCACGCUCGGCACCUACCCGUUCCGGCGUGACGAUGAAAAUCUGCAGGAGUGGGUGGACAACUACGUGCAGUAUCCGGCAGCGCUACCCGUCUCGCGCGGCACUCCGUUCGAAGUGUUGCACUAGGGCAGCCGCACAAACCGACCUGGGAUGUGAGGAAUCUGUCACUGUCAAGAUUAGUAACCAUUUAGCUCCCUCCCCGUAUGGAUGUACGUAGAUUGUAAGCUGGUACAGUCGGUGGGUACGUUAGCAGAUUUAGCGUUUAAUUAAACGGCAAAGAAGAGUUGGUGGAGGCAAACACUCAACCUAGCCCACACGUACAUCGUUCGAGAGCGCACGGAAGUGCUCCGAGAUUUUAAAAUAAAAUGUCAUACGAAUUUCUA